AAAGCUGGAAGUGGGUCCCACCCACUCCCUCUCCUCCCCCUUCCUCCUCCCUCCUCUUCCACCCCCUCACCACCACCUUCUCUCUCUAUAUUAUAAACACAAUAUCCUCUCUCUCUGUAGCUCUCUCUCUCUUACACAUAUACAUACAGCUAAUAACUAUAUGUAUAGGCUAGUAUUAUGUAUAUAUAAAGAGAGAUGAUUACAUUAGUUAAUUAUAUAAUUAAAUGGGAGAGAAAUAAAGGAGCCCUCUUUCAUCUCUCCUUCCUCCCAAGAUUUUUCUUCUAAUCUCUCUCCCUCUCUCUCUGAAUCUCUUUGAUUUUGUUAGCCUAUAAAAUCACAACCCGUUAAAGCCUUUCCUUUUAUUUAUUUUCUUUGAGCUCAAGAACAUAAAAUUCUGUAUUCACUUGUACAAUUACUGGCCCAGAGAGAGAAGUUUGUAUUUAUAUAAUAUAUGUUACACUAGUUUAAAAGCUAUAUAUAUAUACAGGUAGAGAGAGAGAGAGAUACAGAGAGAGACUAUUUGUUGUAAAUCUUCUUAUCCAAUCCCUGACUAUCGUUUCGGUGGUGAAGAAGAUACAGAUUUAGAUGGAUUUUUGAGGUAUCAAGAAUCUGCUCCUUUGGGUUGUGUAAGGAAGAUAUGUUGGAGGAUAGGUCUUGUCUGGUUUCAAGAAGCUAUUCAAGAACCUACGAAAGGGAAAACAGUUGGGUUUGCAUGAACUACUCACUUGACAAGAUUGAAAUUCAAAAUGGAAAGCGGCCUUUAGAAUCAAAUGGAGAUGAAGAAAGUGAAGCGAGGAAGUUUCCUAAGCAACAAACUAAUUCUUAUGAAAGCAAUGAUUCAACUGUGACACUGCUUGACCUUUCAAUGACGUCCACAACUGACCAAUCCAGUGAUCAUGGUGAUACGGGUGAUUAUUCGGAUUCAAGCUCCCUAAUUCACGGCAUUGGCCGGGACAAUUCUAUUAGUUCCCUAAUUCGAUCGUCGAGAUCUGAUUAUGGCUCUAUAGCUUCCUUAAAUCGAAGCUUCCGUGAUCUGAUUCGGAGCGGUCUGCUCUACAGGCUGAGGCGGCAGAAUCGUGUAGUUGAGCACUGGAUUUAUUUUUCUUGCCAACUCCUUGGAUGGGAAGCCUUUGAUCCUGCUCGUCUUAAAUGGAUGCGCUUGCCAACAAUGACCUCUGAUGAAUGCUUCAUGUUUUCAGAUAAAGAAUCACUUGGUGUUGGCACUGAGCUUCUUGUAUUUGGUAAAGUCUUUCUAUCCCAUGUCAUAUUUAGAUACAGCUUAUUGACAAACACCUGGUCAUCUGGGAUGACAAUGAAUUUCCCAAGGUGCUUGUUUGGGUCUGCAAGUAUGGGUGAGUUAGCUAUUUUAGCUGGUGGUUGUGAUUUAUCUGGUAAAACACUGAGCGUUGCAGAGCUUUACAAUUCAGAGCGUGGAACCUGGGAAGUACUACCAGACAUGAAUAAACCACGGAAAUUAUGUUCGGCUGUAUUUAUGGACGAAAAAUAUUAUGUGAUCGGAGGGGUUGGAGGAAGUCAAUCAAAGGUUCUUACAUGUGGGGAGGAAUACAAUUUACAGACAAGAACUUGGACUGAAAUCCCUAACAUGUCGCCUGUGAGGACUCGUCAAGCCACAGAAGGUGGGAUGCCUGUUACAGCUGAAGCUCCUCCUCUUGUUGCAGUUGUAAAUAAUGAAUUGUACGCAGCUGAUUAUGCAGAGAUGGAAGUCAGAAAGUAUGACAAGAAUAGGAAGGUUUGGGAAACUGUGGGAAGGUUGCCUGAACGAGCAGACUCAAUGAAUGGUUGGGGUUUGGCUUUUAGGGCAUGUGGUGAUCGGCUUAUUGUUAUCGGAGGACCUAGGGCGCAAGGUGAAGGGUUUAUAGAAAUCAAUGCAUGGGCUCCAAAGGACGGACCUCCUCACUGGAACUUGCUUGGUCGCAAGCAAUCUGGUAGUUUUGUCUACAACUGUGCUGUAAUGGGAUGCUAGAGCCUGCUAAAUCAUUUCUAGUUCGGUCAUGUGCAUCAUGCAGUUGCAUCGUACUGAGCCGCUCUUUACAGUUGCUUUCUAUAUGGACACCUGAUUCUUGCUGAUGGGUAAUUAGUCCCAACAUUUUUUCGCAUUUCUCAGUCAAAUUUUCUUUACUCCUGUUUCUCUUUUUCUUUUUUGCUCUUUUUUUAUAAAUUUUUGAGUGGGUGGGAAGAUUUUCAGAUUUACUCGAGGUUAAACACAGUGUUUCUUGAGAAAGCAAUCUUGAGUAUAGGUUUAACUCAAAAAUUACUACGCUAUCUUCUGUCAAAGUUGUGUACCCCUCUAUCUUCAGUUACCUGAAGAAAGGGGGUGACGCAUUGGAAAGGGAAAUGAAGUUCCAUAACAUCAUGAAACACCAUAUUGUAGCUUACUCAUAGUUAUGGCAAAACUUUCAUUAAUCUUGCA